AUGCCCUCCCCGAACGCUCACUGCUUUUUGUCUUCGUGCUUUGCGGGUGCAUUGCUAACGGAGUCACGUCGGACUUUCUUGCGGUUUACACAUUCCCCCGCCGUGGUUGAAAUCCUUUCCGAGAGGCCGGGUGUGGGAGAUGACAUGGAAGCGUGCGCUCUUUCACUCCAUAGCCUUGAUGACUUGGCCGGCCUGCUGCAGUGCAUUAAGGCUUUCCCGGAAAUGCAGGGUUUAAGUUUCCAGGUUCCUCGUUUUCUUCGUGAGACGUUUCUGCAGGCCUUCUUGGAGCCGUUUGGCUCGGAAGCCGCGCCGAAUUCAUCUUCUGGGGUGGCUACCAAACUUAUCGGUUGGCUUCAACUCGUCGUUUGGACUCGGUACUUUGCGGUGUUUUCGAUGCGGCGACUGGCAGCUAUUCACGAUCAAAUAUCUUGGUACGUCUGGUACUGGUCCUGGGCGGAGAUGCACUCCGCAAGGGCCUCUUUCCACCUCUCCUUUGGGAGCCAGUGGUGGUGGAAGGGAGUUUGGCGCAGAGGAUGGGUUGGGCAGGUUUUGUUGGUGAAGUCAUUUGCCAUUGCCCACAAGUCUGCUCUGAACCGCGUUCUACAUGGUGUGGUGCGAUGUCUGGGGACGAUGUACGGUUUCCUGGACCGCAUGAAUACACUUAUUUCCUCCAUUGAAGACGUGGCCGCAGGCGAGCGCCUGCUGUCGCCAGAGAGAGACACGAGCACUUCGAUAGAUCUUGAGGUGAAUAAUCGUCGUCUUCUUUCAAACCUCCGCGCCACUGUGGUUUCAACUGUUAAAUCAAUGGCACAGACAAUGCGGUCACCGGGCAUCGCCGGCCUACUUGAUGCGAAUUCCAAAGGCAUGCCAGAGGAUGCACUGGGCUUGGGAGGACACGCGAGUGAAUCGGUAAUGUAUGACUUCCACUUGUACACCCCUUCGUCGGAAGCUCCGAACGAUAUAGAGAUGCGUGCUUCUUUGAAAGAAGUAUUUAACCUUCUACUAGACACGGCAGAAUUCACAAGGACCUACACAAAAAGCAUAAGUGAAGAGAUACAUGCACGGCAUGUACCUCCAAAUGGCAGACACUGGAGGCGUAUCUUCAUCGCUGGCUGUGUUAUCGUACCUUCUGUGCUGUGGCUUUCAGCCAACAGUAUAACUAACCUCCGGCGGAUGCUGGCCUCUGCACGUGUGGUUGGCUACAGUCUGUUUGAGAACUAUGUUAUUUACCCACUUAAAGAGAUCUACCAGAGUUUGACCAGCAGCCGGCCAGGCGUCUUGGAACGACGACGCACCCUUGAAAUGGAAAUGGAGUCCGUCGCCAACAUCAUUCGAGACUACCACGAGGAUUACUACCCAAAUAUUUCACAGGAGGAGCUACACCGUCUGCGUGAGCGCACCUUUGAACACCUUCGCUCCGGCGUGAUUGCGGAUGAUGAAGGCUACCGUCUCAUUAACGACCAUUAUGAAAAUGCCAUUCGACACCCAAUUCGAGGCGCCUUCUUUGGAAGCUUGCUGCGGCUGCUGCUCAUUCAGCUGAGCUACCAACAGUUGGAGGUGAUGCGGGUGGUAAAUUCCACCGACGAGGUUUUGGAGGGAAAUGAUUUGAACUUCAAAAUGCUGGCGAUGGUGCCUGUGUUUCUCGCGCUGAGUGGUGCGCUACUCGCCUCGUUGCAGAGCCGUCGCGCGAAGCUGCUUCCGGUAAACAACCAGCUGAAACUUUACUGGCGCUCUGUGCACCGCGUCGUGACAAUUCCUGAGAAUUCCGUUGAGGAGGCCUAUCGCUCCCCCUCGGGCGAAGUUGCGUCGUCGGAGCCGUCUAAAGACGAAGAAGUAGUGGAGUUGGAGGAGGCCGUGAGCGUCAGUCACCUUAGCAGCUAUGAUCAGGGGAUGCUUUUGUUGCUGACGCACCACAUGCGCAGACUGGCAGUGGAAUACCACGCCGGCUAUCGCUACCUCGAGGCGUUUCUGGAGGACCUCGACGAUCUUGAAAGUGUGCGGUCCACACGACAUCAGCGCCUGCUCACGCUUGACCGGAUGCGUAGCGUCCACUACUUUCUUCGGUGA